AAGAAAUGUAACACCAUACAUUAUGUGCGCAUCAUCUAUGAAAAUGUUCAGUUACAGAUCCAAAACAUACUGCCCAGUGUGACUGAAACAGUGUCAUCCAUGUAGCAUUUAGGUUGGCACUUGGUACUUGGCUUUACUUUGUCAGUAGGUCAUGAGCUACCAAGAUGUGCAGAGGGUGUGGAGGUGUUUAUAACUCUGGACAUUCGUUUGUUGCAUGCGUGUGAAGGUGGUUGCCUUAAAUGAGAAGUUUUGAAUUUUGCGCAGCAGCCUAUUUUCCCCACUCUAAAGCUAAAUCCUGGACUUCUACCCUUUGUUUGUGGUUGCAUCGAAAUCUGGCAUCAAUCUGGUGAGAUAAAGAUAUUUGUAUUUUUGUAUGAUAGUGGUAUGGUAUGGUAGCCUCCAUAUUAGAUUUCUGUUUCAGGUCCCCAGAAGGUCAGCAGCAGCCAAAAAACUUUGAUAAUUUGAGGUUGACCAAGUUGUUGGUCUGGAGGCUGGACUGAGAGAUUUCUACAUUCACAUGAUGUUUUAACACAUAUUGUGAGGUGUAAUAUUCUCAGCAUUAAACACUGUUGUUUGUGUUAAACAAUAAUUUCACACUUUCUCACAGUGCAUUAAGUUUUCUAGAAUCACAUCAGCUGUAUUAUCUGUUUCCUCACAGUAACAUGAAGAUGUGGAGCUCUCAAAACCUGCUGUUCAUCCUCAGCCUUGCUCUGAGUCGUGUGACCCGUGCAGCAGAGGUGAUCCAUGCAGCUGGAUACAAAGGGAGAGAAGUUACAGUUUCCUGCCCCUAUGAAGAAGGUUAUACGUCUCAUGAGAAGUACCUGUGCAGGAAUGACUGUGCCAAAAAUUAUGAUGUUAUGAUCAAAACUUCAGAAGGGGAGAAGGGGAGAUACUCCAUUCAUGAUGACAACAAGAAACAAGUCUUCACAGUGACCAUCUCUGAUCUUUAUCCUACGGAUGCUGGGAAAUACUGGUGUGGGGUGACCAGAUUUGGAAUGGAUCCCUACACUGCUGAAGUAAAACUGGAAGUAGAGCCAGGUAUAAGAAUGAAUUAAUCAAUUAACAAACUAAUGGAUGAAUUAAAAAUCGUAAAUGACCAUGUGUACAACUUGUAUAUGUCCUUCAACUGCAUCAUGUCACAUUUUUUAAAGACUGUGAAGCAAAAAAUUAAAUUCACUUCUCUUGGUAUAAACCUCUAAAACAAAGUUUUUUUGUUUGUUUAGUUUUGUUUUUUGUGUCGGUUAAACAUUUGAGACAGAGAGUUGACAGGAAAAUCUAAAGAGGGCAUGCAACACCUCCUAGUCUUUGUACAAUAAGGUCCAGUUAGAGUGGGAAUAUGGUCGCCCAAUUGGUCGAAAAAAUGAUGUACACUAAUGUCAUAUUUAAAAUCUGAUUCAGAUAAAAGAUCAAAUAUUUAUUUGACAACAAAAUGAAGUCACAAAAGUAUAAUAUUUCAC